GUAGGUGGCGGUAAUGCAACGAAGAAGAGGGAAGAAAAACACACUUUGAAAUAACGAAGAAGAGGAGCAGCGCUUCGUGUAUUUCGCUAUUUCCGGUUAGCAAAAAUGGCUCAGGGUUCGAAGAAGUUUAAAGCUCAACGGCCAGGAGCCUCUAAAAAACAACAAAGCAAACAGAAAGGACCGAAGAAAGGAGGGAGGACAAUUGCACCAAAGAAGGCUCAAGUGGUUCAGCAACAGAAGUUGAAGAAGGGUCUAGAGGUUGCCAUCCGGAACAAGAUUGAGCAGGAGGUGACCCAGAAGGCAAGCUCAUCCCUCCACAAGCCACUGAGUGUGGUUAAAGGAGCUGAAGGUAAAGGCCACCCAGGAGCAACCCGUCCAGGAACCAGCUCCAAAUAGGGCUUGAUACACAGGCUAAGCGUGCUAAACUUAAAGACUUAAUCACGGGGUCAGUGAACUACAUUGAUCCUAUGACUCAGAUUUAAGCCACAUGCCAGCUGUUGUUUUUGAUUCCUGAAUGUUUUGGCUGACUUCAGGCAUAGAGAAAUAGCUAGAGCCCUUCUUGUACAGAUGCUAAUUAUUAUUUUUUCUGUUUACAUAGAAAUGUGUGAAAUAAGAGAAGUAACAUUUUGGAUGUAGUAUGCGUCAGUGAACCAUGGAAAGUACAUAAAUCUCCACUAGGGGGCAUCAUAGGACUGUAUUGACUCGCAUGGAGUUUCUGAUUUGUUUGCUAGUUUUUUGUUGUAAAAAUCCUGAUUGAAAACAACAUAAGAAACCAUGUUUUUAAGACCUUUGGGUUGUGCAACCCAAAUCAGGUUUUGUAUCAUUCCAUGGUAUGAAUGUACAGAAAACAAAUAAUCAUCAAGUAAAUAAAUACAAAUUUUAUAACUGUUACUGUC